GCGAUGCCAAAUGACUUUGCAAACAGAAGAACAAUGCGCAGUCUAAACGAAGAACAGGAACAGGAAGUAGUAGAUGCACACAACGCCGCCCGGCUGAGAGCUUCCGGCUCAAACAUGAUGAAAAUGCGGUACAACAAGGUGCUUGCCGCCCAAGCCCAGGAACACGCUGACUCUUGUGUAGAGGCACACUCAGGACUGGCCAGCGAAAACAUGUUCUUUUCAUCGGCAACUACAAUCAAUAUGUCGCAAGCGGUACAUAACUGGGAAAUUGAGAAAUAUGACUAUGAUUACGACACAAAUACUUGCAAAGAAGGAAGGGCAUGUGGCCAUUAUACGCAGGUUGUAUGGGCGAGUAGCGAUGAAGUAGGUUGUGGUGCCUCGAACAAAUGUGGAGGCGAUUACAAAACUCACAUUGUAUGUCAGUACCUUCCAAGUGGGAACUAUGCCGGUGUACGUCCGUUUAAGACAGGUGCCCCCUGCAGUGAUUGUACAGCGUGUGGAUACUCCUGUGAAAAUGGACUAUGUACAAGGGAAACAUCACAAUGCACUGAUUGUUACACGGGGACUGGUGAGUCUUACGAGGGGAAAUACAACACUACUUUGAGUGGAAUACCUUGUCAAAACUGGAAAAGCAAGUUUGAUUUCCUAGACGACCACAACUACUGCAGAAAUAUGUUUAGUAGUUCUGGAUUCACGAAACCUCUCUGUUACGUUAGUCCCACUCCAGGGAACUACGUUGUAGAAUAUUGCAAUGUUCCCAUGUGUGGACAGUAAAAGAGUACCUUAACAAAUUGAAGAGAGAUAAAAUUCCUGAAAAAAGGAAGACAUUUAAUAAAUAAAUCAUGACAUACAGA